UUAACAGGCGAGUCUACCGUUGCUUUGGCAACAAACUUCCAACCUCUGCCCAACUCUCCGGAAUGAGAACAUAUCUAUUAAUACAUUGGAUAGACUGGAGUGUCGGGUUGCUCAAAGCAAAGUUGUUUUUUUUUUUUUUCCCAGUGUAAAACAGUGUACUAGUUCAGCGAGCCUUUGGUGGCGUUGCGAUUAGAGAUUAGUAAAGCGGCGAGCCCUGUUGAAGGAGCCUGUUGCGGAAAAGUGAAAGUAUAUUCUCAACAGGUGGCGGCGGCUGCAGGGAAUGCAAUUGUGGGAACUAAUGGCGGUUGCGAGCAGAAAACCUUUGCAAAACAGGCAAGUGGCGACUCUUUUCCUUUUUUUGUGUGUAUCUGUGGGGGAUGCAGCCACCAUCCGCUAUUCGGUGGCAGAGGAAAUGGAAAGCGGCUCGUUUGUAGCCAAUGUGGCUAAGGACUUGGGGCUUGAGGUAGGGAAGCUGGUUGCGCGAGGGGCGAGGCUAGUUUCCGAGGGCAACAAGCUGCAUUUCCGGCUCCACCGCAAGACCGGAGAUUUGUUCGUGAAGGAAAAAUUGGAUCGGGAGUCACUUUGUGGCAAAGCUGACCCAUGCGUUCUGCACUUUGAAAUUGUCCUGGGAGAGCCGCUGCAGUCCUUCCGUGUGGAAGUCAGGGUAUUUGAUAUCAAUGACAAUGCCCCAAGUUUUCAAAAUAAGGAACCACUGUUAAAGAUUCCGGAGAGCACUCCUUUGGGUUCGCGUUUUCCUCUGCAGAGCGCCCAGGAUUUGGACGUGGGCCUCAACGGUCUCCAAAACUACACCCUAAGCACCAACGCAUAUUUUCACCUGCACACCCGCUUCCGGAGCCACGGGCCCAAAUAUGCCGAGCUAGUGCUGGAUAAACCCCUGGAUAGAGAGGAACAGGCUGAAGUUAACUUAACAAUUACUGCGGUGGAUGGAGGGUCCCCACCCAAGUCUGGCACUGCACACAUCCGCGUGGUGGUUCUGGAUGUCAAUGACCACGUGCCCCAGUUCUCACGAUUGGUGUAUCGUGCUCAGGUACCAGAGAAUAGCGCCAAUGGUUCUUUGGUGGCUACAGUGACUGCCACGGAUCUAGAUGAGGGCACCAACAAGGAGAUAACUUACUCUUUAGCUCAAAACCCAGAAGCAAUUCUCCAGACAUUUCAGAUUGAUUCUCAUACUGGAGAGGUUCGGCUCCGAGAGCCACUAGAUUUUGAAGCUACAGAAACAUAUGACAUUGACAUUCAAGCUACGGAUGGAGGAGGACUCUCUGCCCACAGCAAAGUUCUGGUGGAAGUGAUGGAUGUAAAUGACAAUCCUCCUGAAGUGAUGGUCUCCUCUGUGUCUAGCCCUCUGCCUGAGGACUCGCCACUACAGACUGUGGUGGCCCUCUUUACUAUAAGAGAUCGGGACAUCAGAGUGGGAGGAAAAAUCACUUGCUUCCUCAGAGAAGACCUUCCCUUUGUAGUCAAACCUACAUUCCGAAAUUCUUAUUCACUGGUGACUGACAAAAGCUUGGAUCGUGAGGAUGUCUCAGGCUACAAUAUCACUAUUGUUGCCAUGGACACAGGACCACCCAACCUGUCCACAGAGACUGUGAUAGAGGUGCUAAUAUCUGACAUUAAUGACAAUCCUCCAAAGUUUCAGAAAGAUUCCUAUGUCUUGACUGUUCGAGAAAACAACAGCCCUGCAAUUUUUAUUGGUAAAGUCCAUGCUGAGGAUCUAGAUUUGGGUGAGAAUGCCCAAGUGACAUAUUCUCUGUUGCCUCCAAAAAGUGGGGAUCUAUCAGUUUUUGCUUACAUCUCCAUAAAUUCAGAUAAUGGGAAGCUGUAUGCUUUGAGAACUAUGGAUUAUGAAGCCAUUCAAGAUUUUCAGUUUGUGGUAAAGGCAACUGAUGGGGGCUUCCUGACACUGAGUAGCCAAGUUACUGUCAGAGUGGUUGUUCUGGAUGACAAUGACAACCGUCCAAUGAUCUUGUACCCACUGCAGAAUGGCACUUUGCCCUGCAAUGACCUGGUGCCCAGAUCUGCAGAGGCAGGCUAUCUGGUGACCAAAGUGGUGGCUGUUGAUGGUGAUUCAGGUCAAAAUUCUUGGCUUUCAUACCAUCUACUUAAAGCCACCGACCUUGGGUUAUUCUCUGUUCAGCGACAAAAUGGGGAAAUCCGAACACUGAGGCAGAUAUCUGAGAGAGACCCCAUGAUGCAGAAACUGACUAUUCUUGUUCAAGAUCAUGGCCAACCAGCUCUUUCCACUACUGCCUCACUGAAUAUCCUGCUGGUAGAUGGCUUUUCAGAGCCUUAUCUGAGGUUCUGGGAUCCAUCCAAGCAUUCUAAGAAGGUAAACUCAACCACUAAAUAUUUGGUUAUUUCUCUGUCUGUGCUUUCCUUUCUGUUUCUUCUCUCUGUUACAGUGAUCUUCAUUAUUCACAUCUACCAGAAGAUUAAACAUAGAGACACAUUCACAAUUCAAGAGCAUUUCUAUGAUGACUGUAACUUUCCUAACAACCUGGUACAAGGAGAAGGCAAUGGAUCCUUAUCUCGGCCUUGUACAUAUGAAAUAUGCUCAGCCACUGGCACUGGCAAUAGUGAGUUCCGGUUUCUUAAGCGCUUUAUGCCCAAUUUUCCUUUCCCUCAUGCCUCUGGAGAGGUAAGAACAGAGGACAGAUCCAGUUUACCAACAGAUUCUAACAGGAAUAGGUCUCGGGGGUCAGAGGACCAUACCCAGGUAUCUGAUGACUAUAUGUAGCUCACAGUAAUAGCCCUUGGUAACAGAAGUGAAACACAAUUCUAUACUUGGUAUGCAAAGCUCUCCUAUCCUCACUGAAACAAAAAUGGUUGUAGAUUACAGUUUUAGCAGACAGAAGAGUACAAGUUUGCUGAAAAUGAGAAACCCAGAGUGAGGCUUAACUUACUUAGUACAAAAUAGUUAUCCUGAUGUCUAGUUCAUAUAUCUGUAAUCCUGUUUGGAACUGUUUGAAGGAAUGUCACCAUCUGUAAGAACAUAUGUGACAGGGACUUCAUUUUUAUCUCCUCAAACAGGCAAAUAAUGAAUGAGACAUUGUUUCCCCCAUGAGAUUCAUUGCAAUACUUAAUUCUAUAAGGAUAGCCCUUAUUUUGCCUUUAUUUUCCAGUAGAAAGGUUGUACAUAUAUAGGUAAAAAGCUUCCAGUUUUGAUAUAUCAGGAAGCAAUCAUGUUUGACAAAGAGAUAUAGUUUAUUAUUCAGAAAUUUCUAAAUUUUUGUCCCUGAUGGGGACCAUCUUUGAACCAACAUCUUGCAUGUCAUCAUUCAUAAUUAUGAAAAUGCCUAGUCAAUAGUGGUCUUCACAGAUUACCAAGAUGGGAAGGAAGGGUAAUUCUGAUAUAAAGAGAUUCAGUUCAGGAAUGUACUCCAGAAUUAAUUUUUUAAUUUAAUUAAUUUUUUAAUUUAGAUAUUGAUUUCUUAAUGAUUGUUUGAAGUUUUAAGUAAAUCUCAAGUCUUUCUUUCAUAUCCAGAUGUCUAUCCUUGCCUUAUCAAAGAGCAGUUAUUUGAAUAAGGGAAAUGAAGGGUGAAUGAGUAUAAAAAUAAAUUAGGACUGCUGUCCUAAGUGCUAUAGAACAUUUAUUUUGUGCAAUUAAGUGCUAUAGAAAAUUUAAAUUAUUUUAUAAUUUGUAGAACAACUAAAAAAAUAAAAAGGCAUUAAAAGAAAAAAGCUCAUUAAUACCAAUUAAGUGGCCUUAAAAGAUAUAUUUUCAGGUAGUACCAAAUUUGAUUGCAAGUCAUUUUCCUCUGUGAGUAUUCUCAAGUGAUGAUAUUAAAAAUGAGAAAAAAGGUAUUUCCAGUACAUCAUUCAUAAAAGUAGAUGGAGUAGGUAAACAAGUUAGUCUUUUUGAUCAUUAUUUUUCCUUCAUAAGCUCUUGCGCCCUCUUAUUCUAAAAGAAAAGCCAAUAUCAAAACAUCAACAGAACCAAUAUUACACUCUGGCUUGAAAAUUAAGUUAGCUUUAAUGAGAUUUUAAUUUUAUACCUUAUUUAAUACAGGACACAUCUUCUUCCAAUCUUACAGGAAGGUAAAAUAUUUGUACCUGGAAUUACAGAGUAGUAUUCUUAAAAUAAUUCUCAAACAUACAUUUAUUAAAACAUAUCAUCUUUAUUAAUAUAUGCUUCAUUUUGGAUUUAUGACUCAUACCUAAUGUCACCACACGACUAUAGACUUAGUAACCAGAAAUAUACUAAAAUUUAGUGCUGUUAUUUCUUAAAUGUUGGAGAUGCAUAGGACAGAAUUGGUGUAACCUAUUGUUGCCUUCAGUGUUUUCUUUAAUAUUUUGAGAAUAGAUGAAGCAAAUGCAGAAUAUCAACAAUUUUUAUUAUUAAAUAUUUUCCAUAAAUUGUGUUACAACCCUACUCAUUUGCAGUAAAGAUCUUUCUUGCACAAAACAAAAUAGUGUUCUAGUGUAUUUGGAUUAAGAUCAGUUAGGGAAGGCUGAAAUCAGAGACUUUAAGGGAGAAAGAACAUAGAACUAAUUUUGUAUAAAAGCCAUAAUUACUUACUAAAACAUAAUUAAAUAAGAGCUACCCAACUACUUGUAUUUGAUUAUAUUCAAUGAUAAAUAGAGCCUGUCUUAAUGUCAAGGAUAAGGAAAGAAAAUUACAUGGAGCAGUGAUUUUCAGACUUUGAAUUUCAUAAAACAUUAAUUCACACACAAACACAAACAAUGGAAAGGGAACACAGAUUUAUUUUUCCAUGUUAAAUGAAAUAAGACCUGUUAUUUCAUACUACCAUUAUUUCAUAAAUAACUUUUGUUUUACAUUUUGAAGAUACAUUUUAUUUCAUUUUUUCCUGUGUCCAGAAUUAAAAGUGAUAAGUCAACUAACAUUCUCAGUGUUGAUUCUUUAUAGAAAAUUUUUUAAUUGUAUGGUCUUUAUAUGGUCUUUCCAGUUUCUGCAGUUUGAUUUUGUGUUUAUGUGCUUCUUACUUUUUUUUUUACCAGUUCUUCUUAGUUAUACAUGACAGUAAGUGAAAUAAGCCAAUCU